AAGGGGUUGAAAGCUGUGCGAUGGCAUUUUGUAAACCAGAAAUGCUGUUUGUUACUAUUAGGACAGAGGCGGGGUGCCCCGGUGCUGGGGUUUCGCUGCAAUUUGCUUUAAAAUGCUUCAGCGCCAAAAGAGCGAUCUGAAUUGUUGACCACCCACCGCCUGCGUAUCCAGCUGCUGAUUCCGGAGGAUGGGGGCCAACCCGAGUCUCACCAGCUGGGUCUCCAAUCCCGCUGCGAGAGUACCGUCACAUUGGCUUCAGCUUCUGGCUGUUUCAGUUUCUUGGAGCACAACGUGCAACAGGGAAGCAUCAUUUCUGCCUCAAGACACACAGGAGGUGUAGAUAUAGAUGCUCUCCAUGUCUAGAUGGAGCCCUCAGGCAUCCCAGAGUCCACCACUCCUUUUGAGUAUGACGAUCAGAGCUUUCUGUGUGAGAGCAAGAACUUCGCCUUUGCCACCCUCAGCACCACCAUCCUGUACUUCCUGGUGUUUCUCCUCAGCCUGGUGGGCAACAGCCUGGUGUUGUGGGUCCUGGUGAAGUUCGAGAGCCUGGAGUCCCUCACCAACGUCUUUAUCCUCAACCUGUGCCUCUCAGACGUGGCCUUCUCCUUCUUGUUGCCGGUGUGGAUCCUGGGGUACCACUGGGGCUGGGUGCUGGGGGACUUCCUCUGCAAGCUCCUCAACAUGAUCUUCUCCAUCAGCCUCUACAGCAGCAUCUUCUUCUUGACCAUCAUGACCGUCCACCGCUACGUGUCGGUGGUGAGGCCCCUCUCGUCCAUGCGCGUCCACACCCUCCAGUGCCGUGUGCUGGUGACCGCGGCCGUGUGGGCGACCAGCAUCCUGUCCUCAAUCAUCGAUGCCAUCUUCCACAAGGUGUUUCCUUCGGGCUGCAACUAUUCGGAAGUCAGAUGGUUCAUAGCCUCGGUCUACCAGCACAACAUCAUCUUCCUGCUCUCCGUCGGGAUCAUCCUGUUCUGCUACGUGGAGAUUCUCAGGACCCUGUUCCGCUCGCGGUCCAAACGGCACCACCGGACGGUCCGGCUCAUCUUCACCAUCGUGGUGGUGUACUUCCUCAGCUGGGCUCCCUACAACCUGAUCCUGUUUCUACAGACACUGCUGAAACUCAGCGUCAUCCAGAGCUGCGAGUUCAUCCAGCAGCUGGAUUACGCCUUGCUCAUCUGCCGCAACGUCGCCUUCUCCCACUGCUGCUUCAACCCGGUGCUCUACGUCUUUGUCGGGGUCAAGUUCCGCAGGCAUCUCAAAAGUCUGGUCCGGCACUUCUGGCUCUGUCGGCAGCAGGCGUCCAGCAUCCCCCCUCACACCCUGGGCACCUUCAACUAUGAGGGCGCCUCCUUCUUUUGAAAGGGAGUCCGGUGGUGCGGGAAGGAGCACCGUGGAGGGCACCGUGGGGAAUGCCAAGGCCAUGGGGCUGGGGGCCAAAGCAGUACCUUUCCACCAGCAGGUCCCACUUGUCGCCCCUUCUGCAGAAAGUGGCUCCCAGCUGGAAAUGUUAUACUGCCAUCCACAGAAACAAGCCUUGAAUUCUGACUUCAUCACUCUUGCCUUUAUUAAUUCAUUCGCUUAGACAUCGCUUCGUUCAGAAGGCUCUGAGACUUGGAAGGAGUCCCAGAAAGGAGGAUCUUCCAAGACUUCAUGAGGGUCCGAGACUCAGUCCUUUCCAGCAGGUGCUACUGGCCUAAUUCUUAAAACUGGACCUUCAGUCUUCCCCAGCCAAGCAAAACGCCUCCAAGCCUGGCCACCCAAGUGCAAAUACGUCAUGGAAACUGUAGCCGGAGGUGAAGAGGAGAAGGCUUCACAUGCUCUCUAAGCUCCAGCCGAGGGCUGUUAUUACGAGCUACUUUAUUCAACAAGCAUAUAUUCCGUGCUUCCCGUGUGCAAAGUCCCACUCUGGGGACUGUGGAAGACUCUGGAAUUCAAGGAGUUACAGCCGAAUGUACCUAACUGGGGUGCACGUCAGAAUCACCUGGGGAGCUUUUCCAAAGGCCCCGCUCCAGAACUAAAUCAGGUUUACAGAUCGGGACCAGGUUUGUUGUAUGGAAAGGUUAGAAGGUGGCUUUCACGUACGUCCUUGGGAUGUGAAGCUAUGGGACAGUGUAGGAGGCAGGCAUGUGUGCUGCUAACCAAAAAGCAAGGUCAAGUGACAGCCAUUGCCACAGAGACGAAUAAGCGUGGUGCUCUGAGAGUGUAGACUAGGGAAGAAAGGUUAAUAUCUGUAAACUAGCCUCCUGGGGCAAGAGGCACGUGCCCCCCAGGCAUGGCCCCCCAAAAUACAUACGUUGGAAGAAUAGUGACACCUGUCAUUCUUUGCUCCCACUCACACACAGUGAUGGAACACCAGGGCCCAUGCCUAGCAGGUCGGAAGACCAGGUUCCUGCCCGCAGGAAGUUUGGGAAAGUUCCUUGGUGCCAACUUGCAGGGGCCCGGAAAGACUUGCUGAGGUGUUGGGGCUCUAUCUGCAAGAGAUGAGGAGCCGCUGAGGGUCCUGAAGCACCCCGGGGUCCAUUCAGAGCACACUGGGUGGGGAAAGAGAUGCACCGCAGGAGGUUGCUGAGGAAGCGAGGUCAUCUGGGGGUGGAACCACGGACACGCAGCCACCGUGGGCAAGAACAACUCUGAGGGAAUGGGGGAAAGGCAGAGUCAGCAGGACUGGGCCGUGGGGGUGGAGGGAGGGGAAGCACCAGACUCAAAGAUGACUCAGGUUUGGAACGGGCGUGGCCAGGGAAGGCGGGUGCCACCCAUCAGGCAGGUGGAGAACAUUCCUGGUGACAGUGAUGAAUCUGAAGGGUCAGCUCAAUAUCCAUCCUGAAAGCAGGAGGUGUUGCAGGAAUCUUCACCCUGGGUGCCUUGGCCAAGGUGGGUGUUUACUUAUCUGGACCUUUGGAGCUGGGCUCUUGGCAUUCGGAGAGAGACAGUGGUAUCUCAUCAUCUUUAUAUCCCCCAAGUAAAUGCUUCACGCAGAAGGUGGCACUUACUCCAUUCGUUCCUUCCCCCAAAGAAUCAUGGGCCGAAUAUGCAGGGGCCAGCUCAUGUGACAGAAGCUGGAGCUAUCAUAUGCAACACGUCUCCCAUCUAGCUGCGGGUUUUCAGCAUCCAGAUUGCACUCUGACUAUGCUUACUUUAGGAUGUGCUCACGUUGGCCCUGCAGACGGUCUCACCCGGCAGUCACCGAGGACUGAGCAGAGCCAACCCCUCCAAAACCAGCCGGCACAGCCGUCCGGUCAGGCAGGGGCCAGACCGUCUCACCAGCAGCCUGCCUCUGCACAGUUAUCAAACGCAUUGAGUCUCGGACCCUCAUGAAAGGAUAAAGCUCUCAUGGACUUGCCAGCCAAUAGGUGGGGACAUCACUCAGCACGGACAGAAGAAACAGCAAAAGGAAAGAGGCAAUGAGGUAGUCGUGGCUCAGAGUUAAGCCUUCGGGCUUCUGAUCGGGGUACUCGUCCAGCACCCCCUUCAAACUAGUAUUAUUAAAGUUUUGUUUGACUUUUAUUCAGAGGGCAGGCCGAGCCCUGGGAGGAGAAGGGGAGACGAUUCCAGCUCGCAACCCCCCAAACCAACGCAGUGCGGUCUUAACGCCACUCUUCCUGGAAGGCAGGUUGGGAGGGGGGUCGUCACUACAGAGACUCGCCUCGUUUGCUCCUCACCCAUCCCAUCCCUUCACCUCCAAAGAUGUUCAUCUAAGCCUUUCUUCCGACACAUUCAGCCAUACCCCUGAGAGCACUUCGCUAAACACAGUCAUGUCCAUGUCCUUACAUUUCUCGUGAUGUUUCUCCAAGGGUAGACAGUAGAGCGUCUUCUCCUAAUUUAGUUCCUUGGGAAACCGAGGCAAGAGGCACAGAGAAACAGAGACGUGUUGGGAAGACGCCCUAUCAGAAAAGGAGCCUACGGGCAGCACUGCUGAAAAAAAUCAGCCAGAGCACUGCACACUAGUGGCCACCUUGACCACACACUGUGUUGGCCACAACCUCCUGCUGUCCCCUCCCUCUGCCCACUGAACCACAGCUGCACUCUUGUGGGCCUGUCCCACGAGAGUCAAUAAAAGUUGCCCUGGACACAGGGCUGCGGACCUUCUGCUGCUCCGGGAACACAAAAAAAUCCACGGGAGUUCCUAGGGGAGAUGUCUUCACAGCAUUCCCACCACCCCACUCUCUUGGACAAAACCCGGAAGGGAGGAGCCUUGCUGGUCUCUGAAUAGGAACUCCAAGCCCAGGGCAGCCCCAGACCUCAGAUGACCCCAGCCAGAAUGCAAGUUCCUCAAGGGCAGAAGCCAUGUGUGGCCGAUCUAGAACCUCCCUCAGCGCCCGGCAAUGUUUGUGGUUGGUUGAGUAAGUGAAUAGGAGAGCAUCUUUCUGGCUUUUUCCUACUUCUGUUUUUUCUUUCCACACUUGCUUACAUUAUACCUUCUGGUCAACACCAGGCACUGCCCAAUGGCGUCCCAUGACUCUUCCCUAUGGCCCAUCAGCCCACACAUCGCCUGGUUUGCUGAACUCCUGACAGCUUUCAUUUGUAAAGCCUCCCUGUGACGGGACAAAGAGGCCCAUGAGUCUGGAAAAACCAGGAGAACAGAUCCCAAAGGAGAUUGUCUGAGAAGGCCCUUGGGAUGUGAGCCUUGGACCCAAACGCCAAAUCUAAGGUCCUUUACUGAAUCACUGUGACCACGGGCCUCCCAGACUCUCCGCGUCCUCAUCUGUAAAGCUGUAUAAAGGCCAAAAGCACAAAGACAGACUCUAUUCACACAAUGAAGAUACACAUGAGAUCAUGUGUGUAAAAGUACUUGCUUUGCCAGUGAUUCAGCCCCAAAUAGGAAUUACGACUGGUAUCAUAAAGACAGAAAGCGUCAUUGUAUCAUAUGCACAAAUAAAAGAGUAGCGUGUAUGGACUCA